GCUUUCUGCUCUACUUCGGCCGACCGACCUCAAGACCUCAAGGCAGAAACUCGGCCGCGAGGCGCGCAUGCAAGUAGAAUCGAUGCCAUAAGGGGUAGCAAGGGCAACAACAGGGGCUGCAGGGCGCCACCUUACCAGGGGCUGCUGCCCCACGCAACAACCUCGCACGAGGGACGCGAGGGCGAUGGCACCUCACCAGCAGAUUAUCCUCACCGCCUUGCUGCUGGGAGCAGCCCGCGCGCCCCCGCCGGGCGGUGGCCCUCCGGGCGGUGGCCCUCCGGGCGGUGGCCCGCCGGGCGGCGGCGGCGGCGGCGGCGGCGGGGGCGGGGGCGGCGGCGGCGGGGGCGGGGGCGGCAGUAGCGGCACGAGCUGUGCGGCGGACGGGAGCAGUGCGAGCUACACGGAGACGAUCACGACCAAGAGCGGCGUGAGCGUGCGGGAGAUCGUGUCCACCGGUUGUCCCAACCACGAGUCCUACUGCACGGGGAAACCCGGAAAUUCGUGCGGCGACGAAGGAGAGCAAACGACGCUCGUCGAGGCCACCGAGCAAAGCUUGAGUGUCGAGGUGCCCGCGAAUCCAAAACUCAAGAACUCGUUUACGGCCGGCGAGCUCGAUUGUUCCAUGGGCACCGUUGCCUACGCGCUGAACGGAGUUGGAUUCUAUUCCGGCGCAGUUGCGUUUGAUUUGGGUGGCAACUGCCCUCAGCUCGACGUGGCCGAUCCGGAGGCCGAGUGGAUCUCGUUUGAUUGCUGUUCCGGGCACAGCACGGGCUCCGGCGGCUACCACUACCACUUCCCCCCAUCGUGCUUAAUUGCGCAAGCCAACGCUGACGCACCCAUAGCGGGUGGACACUCGCCGCAGAUUGGCUGGGCGCAGGAUGGCUUCCCGAUCUGUCCGCGACCGGCGUCUGCUUAUACGCCAUCGACGCGACUCGUCAUUCACCGCCCAAUUCCGCGCAGACGGCCCUUUCGGCCCCGGCGGCGUCGAGAUUCGGAAUUGCGGCGCCUCAGGCGCCGACGCGACCUACUGCCAGGACGCGUGCGGCGGCUACGAGGGUGAGCUGGACGGCGUCGAUAAUUAUAAGUAUCGCUACUACGUCACGGGCAAGGUCGGCGACCUGAAUGCUCUGCCUUCGAACCCGAAGCCCGACUCGGAGGCGCUCUAUUUUCCGUACACCAUAAGGUGCCACCGUGGUGCGACGGUCAGCGAGUAUAACAGCGUGCCGGGUUCCAACGGCUACACGAGCGCGCACACCGCUACCGCGCACCCGGGUUACACGACGCCCCUCCCGGUCCAGUGCCUCGACGGCAAGGGCCUCGACGACUACGACGUCUUCGCAAGCGCGCCGGCGCCCACGCCUCGGCCGACGCCGGCACCUACCACGCCUCGGCCGACGCCGGCGCCCGUCGAGGACGCGCCGGCACCCGUCGAGGACCCCACGCCCCGGCCGACGCCGAUCCCGACGCCGCAGCCGACGCGGGAGCCGACGGUCGCGCCGACGCCCGAGCCGACGACGCCCUCAAGAAGACGGCGGCGCGACGACGACCACGACGACCACUGGUGGGACUAUUACCACGAAGAAGAAGACGACGACGACGACGACUGCGGCUCGGAGCUCGUCAUGUCCGGCGGCCUCGUCGCGAUCGGACUCACGUUUACCGGGAUAAGCAUCGCUGCGAUCGCGAAUGCGGUCCAGGAACAAUGCGCAUUAGGACCGACAAUCGUCUACGAGGCUGGGACGACGAAUCCCUACUACAUCUCACCAAAUCUAUGCUCCAUCGGGACCAAGACCUACGCUUCGAAGAAGACCGUGCGCGACGCCUCGCCGCGCAAGGUCUGCCGCAAGUUCUGCGAGGCUGCAUCAGAGAAGGGGAAACUUGCACUGAAGCACGUGCAGGGCCUGACGUGCUACUGCAAACGGAAGUAG